GCAUUCAUAAAAUCCAUUCAAGCUUGCUAAACUGUUUUGUUGAUUUGUGUGAAAAUGAAUUCGCUUAUUUUUUUAUUUAUAUUCGAAAUGGUUUACUGUGAUUGGGUAUCUGACUGGCUGACUCCUGUUCAAUAUCAAUAUAAAGAAAUGACAGGACCGAAUAAUACGAAUACAGAAUUCAGAUAUAAGAACGAAGAAAUACCCAUAUAUUUACCACAAAUAUCAGAAAAAUAUAAAGUGUACGAACCUUCGACUAACGAAGCUAACCCCCCCGUAUCGCUAAAGAUAAAAUUGGAAGAAAUAUUAAAAACGGCAACAAUAUUAACGAAUGCUUUGAAGAUGGAAAUUAAAACUGUGGAAGAAAAAGAACUCGCCUUGAAGGAUGCCAUAGCCAACGGCAGAUUUGGUAUCACGACCGUUACCGUGACAACAAUCGAUAGGCCGCUGCGUACGUAUUUCAUUCGCAACGGUAUCUGGACUCUUUGCAACGGUGUUGUCCAGUACCCGGUCAUAAAUCAAUUCCCCAACGUUUUUACGGAACUAUUUUCGAUUCCAAGAUGCAUCGGACAGGAGGUGACUUCAAAACGCGACCCGUGUGUAUUUAAUUCAAUCAUUAAAUACGAGACUGUCCCAGUAACGCGAAGAUCCUUUUACGUAGAAGACGACUAUUUAUGCCUUAAAGCGACCUUCAACAGCACACUUGAAACAUACAUGACUGUGCCGAGACGGGUGGUCGACGAAACGUGCACGAAUGGUACCGUAACGAGUUUAACGAAUAAUAUACUGAGUUGUGGACUCAGGAUCUUAUCAGAAUACUCAUAUUACCCCUAUAGGAAUGAAGUAUCAUUUACAUUGCCUCUAGAAUAUUGCACUGAAAAAGAUGGCUCAUGCAAGCUCCUAGUUGGAUGGCACAUAUCUAACAAGACCAUAGAGAAUUUUGAAUUUUUUAAUAACGAACCGAACUUCAAGAAAUUUUUUUUAAAAACUAAAGAUUUACUUGAACCUUUUUUGUAAUUUUAAAUAAUAAUUUACUUUUUUCAUUUUUUCAUAAAUAGUUUUAAUUAUUUUGUAUGUCUGUGUUGGUCAUUCAAUUCGAAUAAUAAAGAU